GGUGAUUGGUCUUCAUCUGGAACCAUGAUCUUUAUCUGAAAAGCAAACGGUGAUUGGUCUUCAUCUGGAACCAUGUUCGUCAUCUGAACUUUGUUCAGGCACAUGACCUGAAUUGGAUACUUGACUUUUGAUAAUUCACCUUCAAACAAAGGUAAGUCUUUAGGCUUAUCUCAGCUCCAGUCCCGCUAAAGGAUUGCAAAGAAAUACAGCUCAAGGUAAGCAAAUUUGAUCUUUUCGGUUAUUUACUUUCUUGUACACCUUGAACGUCGAUGAAUUUCCCUUCGAAAAACUCGCUUUUAACUUUUACCAACAAAAAAUAUGAUGGGUAACACAUGAUUUGUCCGCCCAAGUAAUAUAGAGAUAAAUUGACUGAGAAACUGAUCGCCAUUGACUUGCGAUUACCUUCAGUUUUUUAGUGAUAAGAAUUUCUCAUCUAACCCAAAUUGUCGGUAAGAUGCUGUUUAAAACGGUGUUUAUUCUCGAGUAUUUGUCGGAGUAUGGCAACACUUAACUUCAUUAAUGCCUGCUGAUCUUUCAAAUUUCGAAUUCAAUUUUCUCUGUUGAAAAGGAAACUUGCAAAAUGGUCGGAAUUUUUUUGGGAAAUCGUCGGAACAUGAUAUUUUUUCGGAAGGAAUCGGAAUAUUUUCGGAAAUUUCGCCGAGCUGGAUGCCAAGCGUUUUAUUUUAUUUUAUUUUUUUUUUUCAGGUGAAGUUUGAGACCAGCUUUUUCCGUAAGCGAACACAAGCAUGGGGAAGCAAAUACUAAACAUUUGCAACGGAAUCUUUUUUAUAAGCCUAUUUAUCGCUGGUUACAAUGUCGCUGCAAAUUCCUGUCCCAGUCUCCCAAUAACAUACGCCUCGGACGGCGAUAACGUUACUCUCUGCUGGCGAAUUGCAGUCAACGCGACUACUGUGAACCAGUACAUUAUCAAGGCCCUGAAAAGGCCCCUCCAAGCCAAAAUGGAGGAAGUCGCCUCUGCAAAUGGGAGUGGACAUUUUGAAAAGGUGUACAUUACAAAACAUGACCGCUUGUUCAUCAACAAAGUUACUGUCUACGCCGAUUUGCCUGCUGGAAUGUUGUACAUCAGAAUUGAAAACUACACUAGAAAGAUGGAUAAUGUGUACUGUGUACUAUACAAUAUUUCAGAUGGUCGUCCUUUUGAAGCGUGUCACGCUCAAGCGCUGUUACUGCGAAAUGUUGACCUCCGUGAAUCCCUCGCGAAAACCACCACAAUGAUGGCAACAGAAACCACCCUGAAAACUACCACGGCGACCGUUACCACAGCGCCUGCAACAGAAAACACCGAAAUCACGGAGAAGGCGACAACUGAAGGUCCACCUAUUGUCCACCCUUACAGAACGGCUUUGAUAGUCGUGAGCUGUUUGUUUGUAAUUGCUUUUAUUCUCGCCAUGUUUAGUUUCUUUUUGUGUUGUUAUGCAAGAAAAACUCAAAAAGCCAACUUAAAAUCCGACAACGCCCAAGAAGUUCCUUUGGCUGCAAAUUAACGCUCCUUCGUUCCUCCAGCUAGUAACUGACGCUGCUUUGUUCCUUUAGCUGCAAAUUGACGCUGCUUCGUUCCUCUAGCUGCAAAUUGACGAAGCUUCGACUUCGACUUCAGUAGCAAUUAUUUCCGUUACCUCAGGAAAUGAUUACUUGUAAACCCUCUUUCCAAAAUUAUUGAAUCACCCAGGAAAGAAAUAAUUGCAAUGAACUUACCAAUUAGCCAAAGAGUGAUGUCUUCGUCGAUGUAAUGCAAAAUUCUCUUGAAUAAGUUAACAUGAAAUCGAGUUAAUAAGUUAACUCGAAUAAGUUAACAUGAAAUACGGGAAGAGAGAAAUAUGUACCAGAUCCUGAGACUCACAGAAAUAUGUAUCUCAUGAUUUCUUUGGUCAGACAGUGCGGGGAAUUCCUCUUCUGUUAUUUGUAGAUCACCUUUACGAAAUAAAACAAUAAGAUUUAAGAUUCAGGGUGGUCGCCUAAAUUGAAUAUGUAUUUCAUUGAGACAAUCUGGCUCAGAGCUGAGAGCUGCGGUUUGUGUUUGAAUGUUUAAACAUUCACCUCCAUUUUGCGCGAAAGUAUUCUCGGAUAUUGGUGUGCAGACAUAAUCUCUUAUGGGAAGCGAGCAGUUUUCUAAGAGUGAAGCUUGUGAAAACUUCUGAACGUCGAGGAAUAGAUGAUGAUGUUCACGGACAAUUACACGAGCAUAUUUUCGAGCCAAAUAGGGGCUUAAGGCUGUUUAUUAUCCUUCAUGUGUUUCUGUUGCGCGCAAGACAGAAUGUUACAAAUAGCUCAUCGUCAAAACUCUUACAGAGAACGGUUUGAUUAUUCAGUGUUCUUCCUUUUGUUCAAAACGAAGAGGUUUAUCGUUUUGAACGUCAAGUGUGAAAAUUGUGCCUAUCAUCUAGUUGAGUUAGGGUUUUUUCGCAUGACAUAUUGCGGACUACUCAUUUCUUUUUAGGUUUUGUUUUGUCGACAUAGUCGACUGCCUUAUCUUUUCACCGAUUGACUAAGAUACGAUUUGUAACUAGCUAUAAGCCGAAUAAACUAUGAUAGUAGA